AUGGACAGCGGCGGCGGCGCAGAGUCGGCGGCAGCAGCAGGCGGCGGAUACGGCUGCGGCGGGUGGGAGACGCCGAAGCGGCAGGAGUGCCGCAUCCCGGCCACGCUGCCCUGCCCCGCCGCGCCCAGGAAGGCCGCGGCAGACUUCGGCAAGCCGCGCGGCCCGCCCAAGAACGGAUACUUCCAGCCGCCCGACCUCGAGGCCCUCUUCGCGCUCGCGCCGCGCAGACGGGCCUCCUGCGCCUGA